UGGGCCGACUCCCGAACGCCCGGGACCAGGACAAACCCGGCCUCUAUAUUAACAUACUGUUAUCCCUGUUAGUCUUAGGGUUCAGGAUCUUUAAACAUGAGGGACUAUUCAGCCGAUCCGAGUAACGGCGGCGCGUGCAUGCCGUGCUGCCAAGUUUGCAUCUUCUUUUUUACCGCAUUUCUCAUCGUUGCGGAGAGGACGGCAGUGCUGUACUGCUUUGGGUACUAUCUGUGGGUGGGUCACAACUACUGCUAUGCUCAUCUCGCUGGCUUCACUGCAUUGUUCCUGUUGCCAGGUUGGGGUCCUCAGUGGCUUAGUUAUUUAUGGUACCUCUCAGAUGGGCGUAUUCGCAGGAAGUCUCUCACCUGGACACACAUUCUGCACCUGGGUAUCUUCAAAAGGCUGUGGGAGUGCAUGCGUCUGCCAGAUGAAGACGUCUAUGGUGAGAUCAUGCAGCAGGCUGAUGUGUCUGCCUUACGACUGUUUGAGGCCUUGGUGGUGACCCUGCCUGAGACUCUGCUGCAGACCUAUGUGCUCAUUUGUACUGACAUAGGAGUCAAAUCUCCAGCCUCAGUGUGCUUCGUGGUGUGUUUGUUAUCUCUGGCCUGGGCCUUGGUCCUCUAUGCCAGAGCCUGCUCACUCAUCAGACCAGGACAUCUGCAAAUGACCCCUGCUGCCAUCCUCUGUCGACUGCUGUGGAGGGUUGGUAUGUUGGGAUCUCGAUUUGCUGUCCUCAUGCUCUUCACACGCAUCUUCAAACAGUGGAUUCUUGGGGUCAUUGGUGUGCACUGGCUGGGAGCGACUUUCUGGAUGGUUUCUCAGCAGACUGACAUCAUACGCUCGACAAGUCGAUGGAGACUCUUUAAUCUGGUCCUGGGAGCCAUUCAUGUCUUCCUUUUCCUGAACGUGAAGGACGGACAGUCCAGAUACCGUAUGGCUGGCUUCUACCUGGCCAUGUUCGUAGAAAAUGCUUUUCUUCUUCUGGCCUCCUCGUGGCUUUUCACCAUGGUGUCCUGGGAUACGGUGGGGAUCCCAGCUGCAAUAUUCUGCUCCUUCCUCAUUGGUUUGAUAGCCUUGGUGUUGUACUAUCGUUUCCUCCACCCUAAGUCCUUUGAGAUUUUCCAGAGUAUUCGCCACAGGGGGAUAGGUGGAGCCUGCAUGGAGCGUGGAUCUACUCUGUCACUGGAGGAGAAAGUCACGCCCUCUUUCCACCGCCAUGCUACACUAUCUGGAGGUGGGACCUUAAUGGACCUCCCUAUCCAAUGGGAGGGCUGGAAACAUCACCAUUGGCUGCUGAUUCGUUUGGCCCUGAAGACAGGAAACGUAGCUAACAUCUGGUCUGCGUAUGGCGAGGGGGGACUGGCUGGACUGAUGGGUCUUUCUGAAGAAGUCCACUCCCCUGAUGAAGUCCGCUUCCCUCAGAUCCCACCUGUUCAACCUCCUGCUCCUCGGAUCUCACAACCACCUCCUGAACCAGCUCCACCACAGGUGACCCAGGCUCCACAGGUGCAACAGGUGGUCCAGCCUCCACAGCCGACCCCCAGCACUGUUGUUGCCAGACCAGUAAGAAAAGCUCCACCUACGACAAUCCAGGAUAUGAGGAGGUUCCCAGAGAUCAUCCCGUUCCAGGAGGUCAUACCUGAGGAGUCAGCAGAAGAUGAGUCCAGCGCUCCACUGUCAGAGGAGAAAGGUGAUGAGGAUUUCCAGAGCGCUGCCUAUGGUUCACCUACACCCUCAUCACCGCGGCCAGGAAGCCUUCGCCACAUCGACAGCCAGGCUGCGACAUUGACUGAAGCCUCGUCCUCUGUGUGCUCUCUGGACAUCAGGACCCCUGGCUGGUCACCGGAACGACGGUCUCCUCUCCUGAUUGGUUCCCCAGAGAAAAAACCAACACUCACAGGAGAGUCCAGCACCACGCUGUACUUCAGUGCGGAUGCACAGUCUCCUUCUAGUGGAAGUUAUCUUGGCUGGGGCUCUGAGCUGUCGCCCAUCUCCACCUACAGAAGCCCCUACCGUAUCAGGGAGGCUCGUUUCAUCACCUCCACCCCACGACUGGAGCCCGCCAGAGCUGAAAGUCCAAGCCUGGCCCCAGUGGUGGUCAUCCCUGCCACUCCUGGUACAACACCAGGCCCAACUCCAGGAGGAACUCCUAGUGCCUCCACACCUGCAGCCUCUACACCUGUGGCUUCUACACCCGCAGCUUCUGCAUCUGCUGCUUCAACUCCUGCCGCUUCUACACCUGCAGCCUCCACUCCUGGGGCUUUGACUCCUGGUGGCACAACUCCUGGAGCUACAACUCCCAGUACUCCCAUCGUUCCACUCACUCCGGUCAUCUCCCAUGCUCGUAAACAGAUGGUGCAGUUUGUGGACAGCAGAGAGAGGAUGGUGUAACGAGGCUUGGGAAGAAGGUGAUGGGAACAACUGGGUGGGGAAAUAUGUCUUCUUUUGUUCUUCAGGUGAGGAUAGAUAUGAAGUCCUACAUUUACUAACUUAUCUAAGGCUUGGUGGGGAACUAGGGGACUUUUCUGCUCUGUCAGUCAUUGAGGAUAACACAGUGCAAAUCAUUCUUCACUUUUUUUCCUUACAAACAGAUAAAUGAGGAUAAAUUAGCAGAAAAUGGGAUUUCAUGAAAAGUAGAGCAGAGUGGGUUGACUAAUCCCUCGAACUAAAAUGAUGCUGCAUUUUACUGGGAACUGCUUUAUUUUUUAAACCAAUAUAAGGGAAUUAAUACCACACCACAAAUAGUUAUUUACAGAAGAUUACAUAUAGGUUACUGAAACAAAACAAGUAAAAAAAUCAAAGGUGCUAAUCAGUAUGGGAUGCCAUUUAAGUUCAGAAAAAUGGAUACACCUGGUGAGCGUAAUCUGCAGCAGAUUCAGGCAUCGAAUUUAGCUUUGAUUACAAAAUCACCUUAUGAUCAUGAUAUUGAAGAAAUAAGCACAUGAACAAUCAUGUGAUUAAGGUUAUUUGAAGGAAGUUGGAUCUCGACAAAGAGGCAUUUUAAAGUAAAGCAGGCAAUCUUACUUGUUUACAAUAAUCAAGCAUGCUGUCUGCAGGCAGCUGAGCAGAAGCUCCUCUAACAUCCUCACCUAUGCCUGUCUCUCUUGCAAAACUGGUGAGAUCAGACUCACACAAUGCCACUGAUACCCUUUUGUUAAGUUUGUUAGUAACACCUAAACUCUUAACGUCAUGGAUGUUAUUAGAUAAUCUUCACUGACAUGAUGUUGAAUAUUGUUGAGUUUUCAGGAUGCCACUCAUGAUUGAGUCAGUCAGGUUCUAGUGUGUGUAAAUUACAGCAGUGUAUGAUCUGUAUUAACACACAUUACUCACACAUAAACAGAAACAAACCUCUUAUUGAUCACUUGCUGUCAAAUCUGAGAAGAUAGACAUUUUUAAAUCAUAAACUUUACUUUGCUCGUUUUAAUGUGCAGUCAUCACACAGACAUGGUACAUCUACAGUUUAUUUUGAGCUUCCAGUGCCACCUUUAGCAAGAUAUUCUGCAGCGCAAGCAACAGUAAUAAACUAUGAACUUGAAAUUAAACAAUACAGAAGGAUGAAUGAGAAU